AUGGCUACCAUCACCUGCACACGCUUCAGCGAAGAGUACCAACUGUUUGAGGAACUGGGGAAGGGAGCUUUCUCCAUUGUCCGCAGAUGCGUGAAAGUUUUAUCCGGUCAGGAGUAUGCAGCAAAAAUCAUUAACACCAAGAAGCUUUCAGCUCGAGAUCACCAAAAACUGGAACGUGAGGCAAGAAUUUGUCGUCUCCUGAAGCAUCCGAAUAUAGUGAGACUACACGACAGCAUCUCGGAGGAAGGACACCACUAUUUAGUGUUUGAUCUGGUCACCGGUGGAGAACUGUUUGAGGAUAUUGUUGCCAGAGAGUAUUACAGUGAAGCAGAUGCCAGCCAUUGCAUCCAGCAGAUCCUAGAGGCAGUACUGCACUGUCACCAGAUGGGGGUGGUACACAGAGAUCUUAAGCCAGAAAACCUGUUAUUGGCUUCUAAACUAAAAGGAGCAGCUGUUAAAUUGGCCGAUUUUGGGCUGGCUAUUGAGGUGGAAGGUGAACAGCAGGCAUGGUUUGGAUUCGCUGGCACCCCAGGCUACCUCUCCCCAGAAGUGUUACGGAAAGAUCCUUAUGGAAAGGCUGUGGAUCUAUGGGCUUGUGGAGUUAUUCUUUAUAUCUUGCUUGUUGGUUACCCACCGUUCUGGGAUGAAGAUCAGCACAGGCUAUACCAGCAGAUCAAAGCUGGUGCUUACGAUUUUCCUUCUCCUGAGUGGGACACUGUAACUCCAGAAGCUAAAGAUCUUAUUAAUAAGAUGUUGACAAUUAACCCUUCUAAAAGAAUCACUGCUGCAGAAGCCCUGAAACACCCAUGGAUAUCACACCGCUCUACAGUGGCUUCUUGUAUGCACAGACAGGAGACGGUGGAUUGCCUGAAAAAGUUCAAUGCCAGAAGGAAGCUGAAGGGUGCUAUUUUGACCACAAUGCUGGCAACUCGGAAUUUCUCUGGAGGCAAGAGUGGCAGUAACAAAAAGAACGAUGGGGUUAAGAAAAGAAAGUCCAGUUCCAGUGUCCAGUUGAUGGAAUCCUCAGAAAGCACAAACACUACUAUUGAGGAUGAAGAUACCAAAGUGAGAAAGCAGGAAAUUAUUAAAGUGACAGAACAGUUAAUAGAGGCCAUAAGCAAUGGAGACUUUGAAUGCUACACUAAAAUGUGUGACCCUGGAAUGACAGCAUUUGAACCCGAAGCAUUAGGGAACCUGGUGGAGGGUCUAGACUUUCAUCGCUUCUACUUUGAAAAUUUGUGGUCGAGGAGCAAUAAACCCCUCCACACAACUAUCCUCAACCCUCACAUCCAUUUGAUGGGUGAUGAGUCUGCCUGCAUUGCCUACAUCCGCAUAACUCAGUAUUUGGAUACCAGUGGUGUCCCCCGCACUGCCCAGUCAGAGGAGACAUGUAUUUGGCACCGCCGUGAUGGCAAAUGGCAAAAUGUACAUUUCCACCGAUCGGGAGCUCCUUCUGUCCUCCCACACUGAAUCUCCAACUUUGGUCAAUGACAAUAAUUAUCAACACUAGAAGAAGAAAUCCUAUCCGUCUUCUAUCCCAAGUCCCAUUCCCCCUCUCUCUCAGUGCACCUUUCUUACCAAUUGUUGAUCCAUGCCUUUCUUUCUUUAAACUAAAUACCAGGUGAUAAGUGGCAUUAAACCGUGUGUGAGUAUAUGUAAGUGUGUGUGAGCCUGUGAGUGCUGACAUGUCCUAUGCACAUUCCUGGUCACCCACCAAGUAAGAGAGGGGGGGGGAUCUUUCUCUGGAAAUGAUGUAUUCACAGAUUGGCCCAGUGACAUCAGCAGCGAUAUAUAACAGCCAUCUCAAUUUCAAUAUUUGUUUUGUAGUACAUUAACACUGAACACCAUUUUUUAUGAUCUAGAAUACCUCCAAGGUGGAACAACCCCCUUUAAAAAAAAGGACUGAUGUGUAGGUUUUUGUAACUCAUAAUCACGUUGACUCCAGAAAUGACAUUAAAAUAGCCUCAUACUCAAAAAAAAGAAUCUAAAGCACAAGUUCAAACAUUCUCAAUGAAGGCUCCAUUCUAUUGUUUGACCUUCUAUAGCUGUUAUACAAGAUCACUAAUCAUCAGUCACUUCUGCAUUUUACUAGGGCUUGUUAUUUUUGAAAUUCUGAAAUCUAAGGCUGCCUUAAAUACCAGCGCAUCCUAUCAAGAUAUACCUAAUAUAGCAGUCCAGGGAAAAAAAAUAAGUAAUAACUACAAUAAAAUGACAGAUAUGUAUCCAGCCUGUAAAGUAUUUUACUGUGUGGUGCCACCAGCUGUGGCAUCUUUUCAGAGAAUGCAUAUGUGUUGAAGAGCUAAAGGGUUAACAGUAUUUAAGUUGCAAAGCAACAUAAAGCAAUGUUGUGCGGAACAGACAAACAAUAAAAAAUAAAGUUCAGCGCAGAACGAUAAUGCAAGCUAUAGUAAUAAUAAAUAUGUAUAAAUAUUCUUACAUAUAUAUAUAUUUUGUGGGAAUACAUCAGUGUGUUAAGAAAAAUAUGUAUUUCUAUUUGAGAUCUAUUAUAUGCAUGCCUUUUUAUAGAAGUAAAACAUUCUUGGAAUAACCUAUUUGCAAUAUGUUAUCACAGAGGAAGUUUUUUUUUUUUUUGUUGAAAGAAACUAUGAAAGCAGUGUGAUAUCUUAUGUGUCCAUCUAUGGACUAUAUAUAUAUAUAUAUAUAUAUAUAUAUAUAUAUAUAUAUAUAAUUAGUAGGACGACAUCAGUGUGUUAAAAGAAUAUGUAUUUCUAUUUGAGAUCUAUUAUAUGCAUGCUUUUUUUUAUAGAAGUAAAACAUUCUUGGAAUAUCCUAUUUGCAAUAUGUUAUUACGUUUUUUUUUUUGUUUUUUUUUUAAAGCAACUACGAAAGCAGUGUAAUUUAUUUUGUGUCCAUAUAUGGGUGAAUGAUGACACUGCUUACAUUUUUGGACUUUUUUGAAGCUUUGUUUUAAUGCUUGUAUAAUAUUUGGCAAUUGAUAGGAAAUGUUUCACUUUUUUUUCCUUUGCAUUUCUUAAAGGGGUUCUGC